UGUUAAUAUAAUAAUAUUUUGAGUUGAAAUUUUUUGCAAUAGGUAUUUUAGUUAUAAAUAGUGAAAAUGAAAAUUAUUUAGGUGUUAAUAAAAUAAACGGAAAAUAGUGAAUUGGCACACAAAAAAAAUAAUUAGAAAGUUUUUAUUUGUGUUUGUUAAGUCUGACUUAGUUCUCACUCAAUUAUCAGUUAUUAAAAUAAUAUAAAAAUGUCACUUACACAAGAAAAGUCAAAGGAUGUAAACUUUGUUUUAAGGAAUCUCCUUGCUGGCGGUGUAGCAGGAAUGUGUUCCAAAACCGCAGUAGCACCACUCGAUCGAAUGAAAAUUUUACUUCAAGCACACCAAACACAUUAUAAGCAUCUCGGGGUAUUUAGUGGCUUAUUAAAUAUUGUUAAGAAAGAAUCGUUUAUAGCACUUUAUAAAGGCAAUGGAGCACAAAUGGUUCGUAUUUUUCCAUACGCAGCCACUCAGUUCACAGCAUUUGAAUUCUACAAAAAGUAUUUUGGUAGAUAUUUUGGUCCAAAUCCGAGGAUUAGACAUGCGGAUAAAUUUUUCGCCGGUGCCGGUGCGGGAUUAACAGCAGUAACAUUAACAUAUCCUCUCGACACAAUUCGAGCCCGAUUAGCGUUUCAAGUGACAGGCGAACAUAGGUACAAUGGAAUUAUUCAUACAGCAACAUCAAUUUUGAAGGAGGAAGGAGGCGUUAGAGCUCUUUAUCGAGGAUUUUUACCUACACUUAUGGGCAUGGCUCCUUAUGCUGGACUCUCGUUUUACUGCUUCGAAAUGUUAAAGUAUGCAUGCAUGAAAUAUAGUCCACAUUGGACGUGCAAUACCUUAGAAAGAAAUACAGGUGGUCUUGUUUUGAUAGUACCUGCAAAAUUAUUAUGUGGUGGUCUUGCCGGAGCGAUAGCACAAACAUUCUCUUAUCCACUUGAUGUCACACGAAGGCGGAUGCAGCUUGCUAUGAUGGAUCCACUUACGGCUAAAUUUGGUAUGGGCAUGUGGAGUACAUUGAAGCUUAUUUAUGUCGAGAAUGGUGUCUCGAAAGGACUUUAUCGUGGAAUGUCAAUAAAUUAUUUGCGUGCAAUUCCUAUGGUUGCUGUGUCAUUUGCAACAUACGAGAUGAUGAAGCAGGCAUUACAACUUGAUACAGGCAUGAAAUUAUAGUCAGGAUUAAUUAUGAUAAAUGAAGGUUCAUUUUUUACUGUUUAAAUCACCGUUCCGUUCCUUUUUCUUUUUGAAAAAGGUCAGAUAUGCAAAAGUAUUUAUUAUUUCCCUGAAAAUUUUAAAGUCAAUUUAUUAGGUGUCGGUUUUGUAUUAUUUUGUAAAGAGUUUUUAUUGACAUUGCUGCUCGAACGAAUCUCUUUCAUUUGAAGAACUACUAGAAUCUCACAGGAAUUGUCGUUAUUAGUUUAAUUGAUUUGAACAUUUAAGUUACGAGAACUGCUUAAAGCUCAAUAAAAAAAAUCAAAUUUAUGUUUGUAAAUCACGAUGCAUCAACUUGAAGGAUGAACAUGCUUAGAAUUUGUAAUGAUGCCUGUAUACAUUUUUUUAUGCAUAUCCUCAUCAAUGAGUUUUCUGUAAAAAUGUUUAUAUUUUUAAAAUAUUUCAGACGAAAACAAUUUUCAAUGAAAAACGUCUUAUUAAGGCAUAAAUUUAACGGAAUAAAUGUUAAAAAAGAUGAAGACUUUUAAUUUUUCAUAAUUCCACAAAGUUUGUGCAUCUAAAAAGUUUUGAAAAUGUUCAUUUUGUUUAAAUAUAAAAAAUAAAACUAUAGGAUGUUUAUCAAUCAGGUCGAUAAACAUCCACAACUCAAUUCCUACAAAAAAAAUUUUAUAAAAAGAAAUUAUCAUUUUAGUUGUUAAAUGCCCCAAAUUAUAAAUGUCCACACACAUCAUAAACUUAAAAAUAUUUUUUUUAUAAUUUUAUAUUCAUUACCUCGAAUAGGAUAUGACAAGUUGAUAUGAUCACAUGAAUAAAUUAAACUACAAUAAAAAUUAUACUGUUAAAAAGAAG